UGCGUGAUGUGUGCGCUGUCUGUCUGUCCACACACUGCUCCGAGCUAGCGCUAGCCCACUAGCUGUGGAAGCUAACACCAUAGCAGCCCGAGCUAAUUCAGACAGGGAGAUGCAGGUGACACGAUGAGGCUUAACGUAGAAUAACACGUGUCGCUUCUUGCCAUUUGUGCUUGUUGUCACCUCCUAAGGUCUCUGCACUGAGCUGGAGAAGAAGAGGCCAACAUGGCAGCCAAAGCAGGAGACAACCCUGACAGCCUCAUGACUGUGGCAACGGUCUUCUGCCUGAGGAACCUUAGGAAGACCAUGUGCUACCAGGGAUUCAGGAGUAAGCUUAGUCUGCGCUCGGACAUCUUCCUUCCCAGCGAAAUCUGCGACAAGCUGGUCAACACAUACAUGGAGUUGGUCCACACAGACAGUAACUUUGAACCAGAAGAAAGCUUCUUCCAACUAUUCUCAGACCCUCGAAGCACCAGACUGACCAGGGUACAGCUGAGAGAAGACUUUGUACGUGACAGAGAUCUGGAGGCCAUUCAAAAACAGGACCUGAUUGAGCUCCACCUCACCUACUGCAAUAGUCUGUCAUCCCGCAGCUUGAAGACACUGACCUGCUUCCGGGAGACCUUGGUGUCUCUUUGCCUCUUCGGCUGCAGCCACAUCUUCUACAGGAAGGGCGGCGCCCCGCUCGCCUGCAAUGAAGACACUGAGGACGAGGACGAGGAGAGCCCUGCUUCUAGGCAAGCACUAGAGACGGACUUUAACUUCCAGGGCUUCAACCGCCUCAGGCUGCUCAACCUGGGGGGCCUGCCUGACGAGGUGGAUGCUGAGAGCCUGCUCAAACCCCUGAAGGCUCUCACCUCACUGGAUCUGUCUAAUGUACAAUUACUGGGGACAUCUUUUCUCACCCAGUGGAAAGAUAGACUGGCAUCUCUUGUUCUUUACAACGUGGACCUGUCAGAGGAGUUGGUCAGUACCGUGGUGGAGAUCACUAACCUCAGACAUCUUGACGUCUCGCGGGAGAGCAGGCGGACCUCCAAGUUCAAGAUGACCAGGAAAAUCCUGACAGCCAUCGUACAGCGUCUGGUCAACCUGGUGUCACUGGACGUCUCGGGUCAUAUUAUGCUAGACAACUGCACAGUUCCACACUUUGAAGAAGCUAUGGGUCGGCCAAGCAUCGAGCCUUGCAAAAGCAGCAUCUAUCCUCUCCAGGAGCUGAAGAGGCCGCUGCAGUUUCUGGGCUUGUACGACACCACCCUCUGUAAUGUGACACACAUCCCUGCUUAUAAGGUGACCGGAUCAAAGAAUGAAGACCAGGUCCUGAAUGCCAUUGAGGUUUACACCGAGUUUCGCCCUGAGCUGGCCCACAGAGCCAUCAAUCAGCUGUUUGACAUCGCCAGGAUACAGCACUGCAGCCAACUGCUCCGAGCUCUGCAGCUUGUCAUCGCAGCAUUAAAGUGCCACAAAUAUGAUAAGAGCAUCCAGGUGACGGGCAGCGCGGCACUGUUCUACCUGACCAACACAGAGUACCGCAGUGACCAGAGUGUGCGCUUGCGUAGAGAGGUCAUUCAAGUGGUCCUGAAUGGAAUGGAGCAGUACCAGGAGGUCACCGUCCAGAGGAACUGCUGCUUGACUCUGUGUAACUUCAGCAUUCCAGAGGAGCUGGAGUUCCAGUACAGUCGGGUCAACCAGCUGCUGCUGAAGAUCCUGGAGCCGGCCCGGCAGGACGAGUCCAUCCAGAGGAUCGCUGUGCACCUCUGCAACGCGUUGGUCUGCCAGGUGGACAACCACCACAAGGAGGCUGUGGGGAAGAUGGGAUUCGUCAAGACAAUGUUGAAUUUAAUCCAGAAGAAGUUACAGGACAGAAUGUGUGACCAGGUGAUGGAGUUUUCCUGGAGCGCUCUGUGGAACAUCACGGAUGAGACACCUGACAACUGUCAGAUGUUCCUCAACUGUCGGGGCAUGAGUCUCUUUCUGGAGUGUCUCCAGGAGUUUCCAGACAAGCAGGAGCUUCACCGCAACAUGUUGGGGCUGCUGGGGAAUGUUGCUGAGGUGAAAGCUUUGAGGCCACAGCUGCUCACCCCCCAGUUCAUCUCUGUGUUCAGUAACCUGCUGGACAGCAAGGCCGAUGGGAUCGAGGUGUCGUACAACGCGUGUGGCGUUCUUUCACACAUCGUGUUUGAUGGGCCGGAGGUCUGGUCCAUGGAAGAGCCCCUAAGGGACACGGUGAUGGACAAGAUGUGGGCCGCCAUCCGGAGCUGGGACGUCAGCUCACGCCGCAACAUCAACUACAGGUCAUUCGAGCCCAUCCUGCGACUGCUGCCUCAGAGCAUCUCCCCUGUCAGUCAGCACUGGGCCACGUGGGCGCUCUUCAACCUGGUGUCUGUGUACCCAAGCAAGUAUUGUCCCCUGCUGAUAAAGGAAGGAGGAAUUACUCUUCUGGAGAAGGUUCUUGAACUGGAAAGCUCACACCCAGAGACGAAGGACAUGGCCAGCAAAGUGAUGGAGCAGUGUGAAAACUUCAACGAAGACCCCAUGGAAACCAGUCAUGGACAGGAGGUAAACUAUGGACAAAGAGGUUGACUUCCCAGGAGCAUCAACCCAACCGCUGAGGCCCCGCCCACUGGCAUCACCACAAGGGGCCAUCGUGUGCAUUAUUCUUAUCACUCUUAUUAUCUUGUAGAGCAAAAAUGUGUCUCUGACCCUCUUCACAGCCGUUCAGACAAAGUGUGUGUGUGUGUGUGUGUGUGUGGCACAAUGAUGAUUUCUUUGUUAUAUAUGUAAAUAUUCUCUGUUUGUCUCUUCAUUUUACUGUGUGUAUGUUUUAUAAUAUAACUGUAAACACUCAUAACUUUACUCUAUAUUUAAAUUUGUUUAGGUUUGACUGACAUAUGGUCAGUGCUAAGAAACUAUAUCCAGAAGACCUAAUCAUUCAUAUGUAGUCCUGGAUUCUCUGUUCUCUAAAGGGUUGUUUAGAUGUGUUCUGUUUUUAUUGAUCUGGCAUUUUAACCUGAUUCUGUUGAUUCAAAUACCCAAAGUAACUCCACUUGAUAUGGCCAAAGGUAUGAGGACACUGCAUAAAGAAAAGCUCCUCCCACCUGGUCCACUGGGAGGGACUGGACCUCACUGAUGCUUUACUAUGUAAAACCAUCAACUAGCACAUAUGAUGCCACCUUAAAAAGUCUCAAAGGUGUAGUCUUUGUUGCCAGCUGACUCGAGUGACAUCACUUGAGUCAAUGAAUCCAGUGGUGAGCAGAACACUGCUGCUGUCUAUUCAAAUGCUUUGUUGAGUCUUAGUGAAGUUCUGGAGCUUCCUGUGGUGAAGUGUGGCACCUCCUUCACCCUUUACUGGUUAGGGUUACCCUAACCCGGUACAGGGUUACACAUGGUUACCCUAACCCAGGGUUACACAGGGUUACCCUAACCCGGUACAGGAUUACACAUGGUUACCCUAACCCUGUACCGGGUUACCCUAACUUGGUACCGGGUUACACAGGGUUACCCUAACCCGGUACAGGGUUACACAGGGUUACCCUAACCCGGUACAGGAUUACACAUGGUUACCCUAACCCUGUACAGGGUUACACAUGGUUACCCUUACCCUGUACCGGGUUACCCUAACUUGGUACCGGGUUACACAGGGUUACCCUAACUUGGUACCGGGUUACACAUGGUUACCCUAACCCUGUACAGGGUUACCCUAACCCAGGGUUACACAGGGUUACCCUAACCCGGUACAGGAUUACACAUGGUUACCCUAACCCUGUACAGGGUUACACAUGGUUACCCUAACCCUGUACAGGGUUACACAUGGUUACCCUAACCCUGUACCGGGUUACCCUAACUUGGUACCGGGUUACACAGGGUUACCCUAACCCGGUACAGGGUUACACAGGGUUACCCUUACCCUGUACCGGGUUACCCUAACUUGGUACCGGGUUACACAGGGUUACCCUAACUUGGUACCGGGUUACACAGGGUUACCCUAACCCGGUACAGGGUUACACAGGGUUACCCUUACCCUGUACCGGGUUACCCUUACCCAGGGUUACACAGGGCAUUCUUACGUUUAAAGCUCUAAUGAAGGUAAUCUGUUCAGACAUAGAUCACACGGAGGGAGGGUGUGGUCACUGUGACACUACAGGGACGCUUUCUGCUGUUGGGACCUUAAAGACGCCAAAACAUGGUGUGUGGAUUUAUUACUGUACACCCGUUUUCUCUAUGUGGCUCCUUUUCUGCAAGUUGAAACAACACAGGGGCGUGUUCAUCUACUUGACCUUUGAAGAGGACCCUAACUAACUGGUUUACUCACAACGUGGCACUGAGGUCAUCUACUUGACCUUUGAAGAGGACCCUAACUAACUGGUUUACUCACAACGUGGCACUGAGGUCAUCUACUUGACCUUUUGAAGAGGACCCUAACUAACUGGUUUACUCACAACGUGGCACUGAGGUCAUCUACUUGACCUUUUGAAGAGGACAUUCUUCUGUUAAUUACUUUCACAAUAAAUGUCCCACUUGAAUUUCUACAUGUUUAGCUCAGUCAUAUCCAGUCUAUCUGUUCUCUAAGCGGUGAGGCAAUGUACUGCUGUUUUGUAAUAACCCUUCAAUUAUAACGUGAUGUAGAAGAGUAGACGGCCAGAGGGAACACAGCUGAUCUACUUCCUAGUUUUGCUAUCAGAGGAGAGUUCUGUACCCGUAAUACUUCAGUGAGAUGCAGCCAAUAAAACCGGUUCUUAUGGAAGUCUCCUUGCCUCACAGUGUAGAAGGAACACUGGGUGAAGGAGCCUCCAUCCUCCCUUCAGGGUUGAUGCUCUUCAAGCCCUCCGUUGUGUUGCGUUAGCUGCCCACUGACGGUUCCUGGUUCUCAUGUACAGUUUUUCUUUGUGUGAUUAUUGGAAUCUGAUUGGUACAGCUCUAUUUCACCGUCAUGGUGGAACUUAAUGUUCAAGUAGGCCGUGGUGCUUACUGUUUGGAAGAGGAUUUAUUAUAUGAUCAAAAGUAUCUCUGUUAUGAGUUGUUAGUUCAUGAGAGUAGACAUCUUGAUCCUCCAUCACAUUCUUUCUGAUCUGAAGUCCUCAAAUGUCUCAGUUUUGGCUUCGCAGGAAGAAAUAAUGUCAGAGAUGACAAUUAUCUACGGUUGGGGGUUGACUGUUAUUUAUGAAGAUGUAUGUGAAGAACAUGUUUAAAGUGUUUCAGAUUUCAUCUACAUCUAUAUUCCAUGUUUCUGAAGACUGCCGACACUCUGUUACUGAUUUCUUUUGUAACUGCUGUGUAAUCCAAAAUGGAGUGAAGUCUUUCCUGCUCUGAAUAGGACCAGGUCAUUAGUGUAACGAUAUGAAUAAGCAAUAAAGGUGGAGUGGUAAA